GCUGAUACAGCCUUGGUUACUUAAUUGAAGCUACAAUUAUAGGCAACGUUGACACCGUCUUUAGAUCUACGGAUAUAAUACGACCGGUGUUAGACCUUUUCAAACAUGAUAGAGAUAUAAGUAUCUCCAAUACCAAUGCCGGUGGUAUAGGUAACGUAGACUGCCUGUGCAACUAUAUGUCACACCGCCCCUCCACACGUGACAUGUUGACAUUGUCUAGACAAAUACCAGCAAUGAACUCAGGUCGAGAACCAAGGUCCCAGGCUUUUGAAUACACAUUCCUCUAGUAGCCAUCACACUGACAGACUGCAAUAUAUAGUCAAAAUGCUGCAGUGGCUAGUUCCGCGCCUGCUACUCCCAAAUUUCAUAUGGUCUGAUCAUAGGGCGACAGUUCUCAGCGACCAACUACCACCGAUUCCUCGCGUAACUCACCCACGUGUCCGUCGAUCCUGGGGCAUCAUCCAUACAUACCUCCGACGGUUUUCCCAAUCAUAUUGCAGCUGGGUCGGGGUCGCCUACGAUAAUCAGAUCGCCCAGCUUCCGUUCGGGCUCAUCCUCAAAUGGUCGGAUGGGACUCGGCUUGAGGAGGUUUUGGCCAUGCAAGUCGCCAGGCAAGCCGGCCUACCUGUGCCCAAGGUUAUCUGCUACGGAGAGCAUGCCGACAGUCCGCAUGCGCCGGUUUCAAUCCUGAUGACGCGGGUUCCGGGCAAGGAACUGGGUCAGAUUUACAAUACGCUAAGCGACGAAGAGAAAGAGGCGGUGGCUCGACAGCUGGAUCGAUAUUUGACGUGUAUAAGGAAUUGGGAAAAUCCUUGGGGCGAAAGCAAAAUCUGCUCGAUCGUAGGAACGCCGGUUAGAAGUGUCCGGGUCCCCAGUCACCUGGCCGGCCCAUUCAAGUCAGAGCAAGAACUCAACAACUAUUUGAUAGAACCUGCUUGGGCGGGCGGAUUUUCGUCCGAGGAGGCUUAUCGCCAGGCGAUGAAUCGAGCUAGGAAAAUGGACGGACUACCCCAUCGCAUUGUCUUUACACACGGGGAUUUGAAACACCACAAUAUCAUGGUCCAUGGGGGACGCAUCACAGGCUUUCUAGACUGGGAAUCAGCAGGCUGGUAUCCUGAGUAUUGGGAAUACACAACAGCGUUGAGAUUCACGCCGGAGGACUUCUGGUGGUACCAUUUCGUGGUUGAACUCGGUGGAAAGUCUUUCAUGCGGGAAUUGGAUUGUGAAAGGGCAUUGACUUGUUUGACUAGUGCCUCUUAUUACUGGUGAACAAUCCGCUUGUUUCCACACUUUCAUUCCAUCUUACUUUCAGCGUGAGAUUAGUAUCUUGAGGUUAUCAAACUCUCGCGUCGAAGAGCUGCCCCGUGUGUCGCUGCUUAUGCCUCACAGCCCCAGUAGGUCGAAGAAGAACUGUGAUAUCGAUUCAUUGCCGAUGCUAGUCUCAAGUUCUAGCUCGUGUACACACUCCCGGUCCAUCUUGGCUUUAAUCCAACAGGGACAACCCGGACAAUAGUGAGACGAGGAUUUAGGUUUCGGCUCAGUUACCGGGAAGAUCCAAGUUCAAUCCAAGGAUUCGAAACUAUGUCCACCAAGUACAAUGCCUACUCGAUGUGCACCAGAACGCAUGAAGUCCGACCCAACGGGCGGUAU